AUGGAGUCGCCCGCGCCGAGCCCGCCCGCCGGCGCGCCCCCCGCCAAAGGAAAGGCCAAGAGGAAGAAGGACUUGCGGAUCGCCUGUGUGUCCAAGCCGCCCGCGCCCAGCCCCACGCCCCCUAGGAACCUGGACUCCCGGACCUUCAUCACCAUUGGAGACAGGAACUUUGAGGUGGAGGCCGAUGACCUGGUGACCAUCGCGGAGCUGGGGCGUGGAGCCUACGGGGUGGUGGAGAAGGUGCGGCACGCCCAGAGUGGCACCAUCAUGGCUGUGAAGCGGAUCCGGGCCACCGUGAACUCCCAGGAGCAGAAGCGCCUGCUAAUGGACUUGGAUGUGAACAUGCGCACAGUUGACUGCUUCUACACUGUUACCUUCUACGGGGCCCUCUUCCGAGAGGGAGACGUGUGGAUCUGCAUGGAGCUCAUGGACACGUCCCUGGACAAGUUCUACCGGAAAGUGCUUGAGAAAGGCCUGGUGAUUCCCGAGGACAUCCUGGGGGAGAUUGCUGUGUCGGUAGUGAGGGCCCUGGAGCACCUGCACAGCAAGCUGUCCGUCAUUCACCGAGACGUGAAGCCUUCGAAUGUCCUCAUCAACAAGGAGGGCCACGUGAAGAUGUGCGACUUUGGCAUCAGCGGCUACUUGGUGGAUUCCGUGGCCAAGACGAUGGACGCCGGCUGCAAGCCCUACAUGGCUCCCGAGAGGAUCAACCCGGAGCUGAACCAGAAGGGCUACAACGUGAAGUCCGACGUCUGGAGCCUCGGCAUCACCAUGAUUGAGAUGGCCAUCCUGCGGUUCCCCUACGAGUCCUGGGGGACGCCCUUCCAGCAGCUGAAGCAAGUGGUGGAAGAGCCAUCCCCUCAGCUCCCGGCUGACCGCUUCUCUCCGGAGUUUGUGGACUUCACUGCCCAAUGCUUGAGGAAGAACCCCGCGGAGCGCAUGAGCUACCUGGAGCUGAUGGAGCACCCGUUCUUCACCUUACACAAAACCAAGAAGACAGACAUCGCUGCUUUUGUGAAGAAGAUCCUGGGAGAGGACUCGUAG